AUGGUCAGCUUCAAGGUUGUUGCCGCCGCCGUCGGCCUCGUUUCCACGGCUUCCGCUGCUGCUAUCGAAAGCCGUGCUUCUUGUGUUUACACUUGCGGCUCCACGUGCUACUGGCAGUCUGAUAUCGACGAUGCUCUCUCAGCCGGAUACAGCCACUACAAGUCCGGUAGCACCAUUGGCUCGGACGACUACCCUCACCAGUACAACGACUAUGAGGGUUUCAGCUUCCCUACCGCUUCUCCUUGGUACGAGUUCCCUAUCCUGAACACCUUCAAGGUGUACACCGGUGGAAGCCCCGGAGCCGACCGUGUCAUUUUCGAUUCCAAGGGCAACUUCGACUCCGUCAUCACCCACACCGGUGCUAGCGGCAACGACUUUGUUGCCUGCAAGAAGGACUAA